CAUGCAUCGAUCUAGUUGUGGACAUACGGUAUCCAAAUCUAACAGGUUACGACCCCAAGAGACGGGAAAUGGAAGUUGGGGUCCCUGGCCAUGUGCCCAUGUCUAUGGGCCAACUCCAAGGGCAAAUUCUGUUGGAGAUUAUUACUCUUAAAGGAACAUCGGUACUUACUGGAACCAACUGCGCAGCGGCAUGGCAACUGAGGCGCCAUAGAGUCAAGUGGCCAAUGAAGCAGUAAUUAUUCAGUUUCGGACGCGAGUUACGCGCAGUCCGCAUAAGCACACUGCUGAUGAACUUUAUCGCCCUGAUCCAAAGGAGAAAGUUGGUACAUAUUUCUUCACAGUAUUGUUUCAUGAAGCGAUGACAAUGAUCGGUAUCCAAUGUGCGUGCAUGAAAUUGUGGCUGUGUGCAUUAUCGGGUGUGGCCAAGAUCAUCUCAGCGAAAUAUGUCAUCCAAUGCAACCGUCGUCCUCCCAGGCGACAUCAUCGAUGCACACAGCGAGGGGAAGAAAUCUUUGAAGCUGGGACCAGGCCUUCUGCAAGUGUCUUCGGUUUCGGCAUCUCGCGGACAGGAUCCAAUUGUGGCGACACGUCCUGGCCUUCUGAAGACUUCUGAGGGAAAAAACUGGUGGAUCGAGGUUAAUCAACGACGGUAUAUCCCAAGCGUUGGAGAAUCAGUCGUCGGCGUCAUUAUUGCACGACAUGCCGAUAGCUAUCGGGUAGACAUUGGAUCCGCACACCUUGCGACCCUCGAUGCCCUUGCGUUUGAGGGGGCUUCUAAACGGAACAGGCCGAAUCUCAAGGUUGGGAUGCUGGUAUAUGCGCGUGUUUCCCUCGCACAUCGUGACAUGGACCCCGAGCUGCAGUGUUUUCAUCCUUCCACACACAAGGCGGACGGCUAUGGGGAGCUGAAAGAGGGACUGAUGGUCUCCUGUUCGUUGGGGCUCGCUCGUUCUUUGCUUUUAGGUGGGAAUCCCCUUCUUCCACGGAUUGGUUCCCAGUUUCCAUUCGAAAUUGCUAUCGGUAUCAAUGGAAGAGUGUGGCUGAAGGGCUCCAAUGUUUUGAAAACAGCAGUACUGGCGCGGGCUAUUGAGUGGGCCGACAGUAAUGAAGGAUACACAGAGUCGGACGCGCAGCAUUGGGUUGACCUGCACUCUGAUCCAUGA